CUUCAUUAUCUGUGGAGAAUAGUCUCGGCCUGAUUCCGUGAUCUGUAGCCUCGAGAAUCGAAAGAAAAUGGCAUUUCGGAUAAAUCACCCGAAAUCUGUGAUGGUACCCUUUUGGAAUCUGCCAAAAAUUGUCCCGGAAUAAAUCCGCCCAAAUCGGUGCUUAAUGGACUCAAUCAUCGUUGGAGAAUAGCCUCAGGCCGAAUCCGUGAUCUGUAGCCUUCAAUAUUCAAAGAAAAUGGUCUUUCGUCGCCCAAGAAAUUACGAAAAUGUCAUCCGAAAAAUAAAUUGGCUAAAAUUGAUGCUUAACGGUCUUAUCAUCCGUAGAGAAUAGGAUCAAUAGACUUCAUUAUCGGUGGAGAAUAGCCUCGACCUGAUUCCGUCUUCUGUCCAUACAAAUUCUGUUGCCUCUGGUUCUAGAGUGUAGUCUGGAGAGCACUCUGCACUUUAUUUCAGUAAUCACGUAUUAUGUCUCUGAUUAUCCAAAUUCUGUCCAUACAAAUGGAGGGCUAGUCUUUUCACGGCGGAGUAUUGGGCUCGACUUCUUUUUGAACAAUGUAAUUGGGCUUUAACAUCAAGCCCAUUUUUCACAUUUCCCAAAAUCUGAAGCCCAAUUUGGGUAAAAGCAUCAAGCAUCUUCCAGCUGAGUUGCUGUAAAGAAAUCUUGGUCUUAACUGGAAUUAUCAAGGAAUCGCAGAUACACGGUUUAAGCAUCUAAAUCAUCGCAUUAUCUCCACGAUCAAACAAGUAACUGGUUACUCUUUCAUAAGAUUUCCACAAACAGAUGUGAAGAUGAGGAAAUAAUGGAGUUACAGAGAGCAAUCUGCAGUCCGGAACAAACAACAAAGUGAAGCAUUAAUGAGGUGCAGGGAUGGAGCUGGCACUUGGCAGGGGGAAAAGCACAAACCAUGAGGUUUAUUAAUGGCGGCCCCCAUAUGUGUACCGAAAAUGAACUGUUCCAUUAAAUUUCUUCCACCUCCACCUCCUUCUUCUUCAUCAUCAUCUUCUUCCUCCUCUUCCUUCCCCUUUCCCCCAACUGUAAACGCCUUUCCUCCUUUUUCCUGUGCACAUUUCCACGCUGUUCUGUUACUGCAAUUUUGUCACGAUUACUUCCUUCCAUUCCAUCACCAUUUUUGCAUGGCGAACUAGAAGCUCUCACCGCCAUUGCUUCCAGCUGUGAAUUCAGGUCGGUUGCCCAAUUAGGUCGGCAAUUUUGUUUGACUUUUCGUCCUCUUACGCGCCUUCGUGUUCAAUUUUCUAUGUUGAUUCUUCACAUUCUUCGAUUAGCACUAGAAAAGCCAUAGCUUUGUAGUUAUGGUGGCUGAACAAACUCACAGGCGGACACUCCAAAGCUAAAAAAGAGAUUGGGAAAGAGAUAAAACCAUAAAACCCUACGCCUUUCUCUGUCACUUACUGUAAAUCUCCAUUGGAAUUCCCCUUCCCAUCGUGUUCCCCACUUCGAUUUCUCAAAAGGGGGAAACCCGUACAAAGUUUCCGAUUCUGGGUUGUUUUCGUUUUUGAUUUCUGGAACAAACCCAAUUCGUGAUUGCGAUUGAAAGAAGAAGAAGAAAGGGGAGAAGGGAGGAAAGGAAAGGAAAUGGUGGGAAGCAUUGAAACGACGGGGAGUCCCGAUAAUCAUCAUCAUCAGCAGAAUGGGAACUCACCAACUCACCAAUCAACCAACGGCGCCAAUUCCGGGCAGGAAGAGAAGCUCGACGAGCUGCGGCGUCUACUGGGCAAAGCCGACGGCGACCCUCUCCGUAUCGUCGGUGUCGGCGCCGGCGCCUGGGGGAGCGUCUUCGCCGCCCUUCUACAAGACAGCUACGGCCAGUUCCGCGACAAGAUCCAGAUCCGGAUAUGGCGUAGGGCGGGUCGGGCGGUGGACCGGUCCACGGCGGAGCACCUCUUCGAGGUCAUCAAUUCCCGGGAAGACGUGCUCCGGCGGCUGAUCCGGCGGUGCGCCUACCUCAAAUACGUCGAGGCCCGCCUCGGCGACCGGACCCUGUACGCCGACGAGAUCUUGAAAGAUGGGUUUUGCAUCAACAUGAUCGACACGCCGCUGUGCCCGAUGAAAGUGGUGACGAAUUUGCAGGAGGCGGUUUGGGACGCCGAUAUCGUGGUGAACGGAGUUCCGUCGACGGACACCAGGGAGGUUUUCGAAGAGAUUAGUUUGUAUUGGAAGGAGAGGAUUAGCAUGCCGAUUAUCAUCUCGCUGGCGAAAGGGAUUGAGGCGGCGCUUUCCCCUGUUCCUCAUAUCAUUACUCCUACACAGAUGAUCAAGCUUGCAACUGGAGUGCCAAUGGAGAACAUACUGUACCUCGGCGGACCAAACAUCGCAGCAGAGAUCUACAACAAGGAGUACGCGAAUGCUCGAAUCUGCGGAGCCGAGAAGUGGAGAAAACACAUCGCCAACUUCCUGCGGCAACCACAUUUCAUCGUGUGGGACAACAGCGACCUCAUUACUCACGAAGUCAUGGGUGGAUUGAAGAACGUCUAUGCAAUUGGAGCAGGAAUGGUGGCUGCACUGACCAACGAGAGCGCUACGAGCAAGUCGGUGUACUUUGCGCAUUGUACAUCGGAGAUGAUCUUCAUCACUCAUUUGCUUGCUGAGGAGCCGGAGAAGCUUGCGGGGCCAUUGCUGGCUGAUACGUACGUGACGCUGCUGAAAGGUAGAAAUGCUUGGUACGGGCAGAUGUUGGCGAAAGGUGAGCUCAGCCGCGACAUGGGAGACAGCAUCAAGGGGAAAGGCAUGAUCCAGGGUGUAUCUGCAGUUGGAGCGUUCUACGAGCUGCUGAGCCAGCCGAGCCUGAGCAUGUUACACCCAGGUGUGAAGAAGCCAGUAGCACCGGUCGAAUUGUGUCCAAUCCUGAAAACGCUCUACACCAUCCUCAUUUCACGGGAGAGGUCUUGUGAAGCCAUUCUGCAGGCUCUGAGGGAUGAGACAUUGAACGAUCCAAGGGAGAGGAUUGAGAUUGCCCAAACUCAUGCUUUCUACAGGCCUUCUCUCCUUGGCCAGCCUUGAAUCAGAUACUACCAGUCAAGUUCAUUUGGUUGGCAUUGUGUUUCUAAUUACUGAUGAUGAUGGAAAUACAAUUUUAUUGUAAUAUAUAUUUAAUAUAUAUAGAAAAUAUGGACUUUGCAAUGAGGAUCAUCUAAAAUUAGUUUGAUCGAGUCGUUAGGCUCUUUAUGACGUCAAAAUUCAAAUGAUCGAGUCGUUAGAACAUUGCCAAAUCUAAUUGGAUGAUGGAUACUAGAGGAGGUUCAACUCAAAAUCCAUGAUCAUCGAGAGUUCAACUUUCUCGAAUUAAAAUACCUUGGAUCU